UAUUGAUUUGUUUACUUUCUAAUGUCAUAUUGUCCAUAAGCCGACGAAUCAUUGACUCGCAAAAAUUUGCACGUAAAUUCUCAUUUUGCCAACAGAUAUUUCUUUCAUUUCAUUAUGGCAAACGAAACGAUUAUAAAGAAUCUGGAAAAUCAAUUGCAACGUUUGGUUCAACAAUCAGCCGAUUUGGAGGAGUGCAAAAAUGACUUGACCGAGGAGGAAUAUGAGAGCAUGAAAGAUGAGACUCUGGAGCAAAUCAAGGAAUUCACUGGGACACUUGAUCGUUUGAACAAAGGCGAUGUUACACUAAACAGUAAAAUCUCAUCAAUGCGUGAUGUGAUACGAAAAGCGAUUGCAAACUCCUUCAACACCCUUGAAAUGAUUCGAAUUGCCGGCGAUCAAAGUCUCAACGAACAGGCAAAUCGAUUGGCUUCACUCGAAGAAAGCUAUCAGCUGAAGAAAAUUUCAACCGAUGAAUACAAUAAUAAAAAGCGUGAGGUGUUGUUGCAGCUAGUGGACUUUGGGUAUACCUUGUCACUAGCCGACAAAAAGUUCCUUGAUAACCAAACUGACUCGGAAAUACUUGAGAAUUUACGAAGUGUUGACGACGGAUUAAACUAGAUUAUUUAAUCUUUUUUGAUAUGCUAUUAUAAUAUAAUAUUAUAUUGCUUACCAAAUGUCAAACCAUUCCAUAACGAUAUCGAUAUGCU